AACUCUAACCUCCCGGAAGUUCUGGUCAUGUGAUCUGGGCAAUCACCUCCCAGUCUUUUAUCAAAUGUUUUUGUUUUGUUUUAGAUGGUAAUGUUGUUAUUUUCACUAUCUUUUUACAUUUUUAACCCAGAAAUGACAUCAGCGGUGGCCCUUUUCAACCCCAUUCUUUUAUGAUCAUGAAUGGAGAUGAUCCCCGAUUCAAUGAAAGGCAAAGUAUUCUCACACGACUCCUUGAUGCUGUGAAACAGUGUCAGGUUCGGUUCGGAGGGCGUUCUGAGUUGGCCACAGAUGCAGACAGCAGAGUGUCCUGCCUGUGUGCUGCUUGGGAAGCCUCUCUGCAACAUGGCCUUCGGCGUAACAAUAGAGCCAAACUUGCCCUUAGACAAGUUACUGAGAGGGCAGGGCUCGGUAAAGUCACAGACUUUUUCUCCGAAAUAAAGAACAUGGACACAGAGCCAGUUUUCUGGCAGUGUGUAAAGGAACACCUUGCCCAUCACGAUGUACAGAGGUUUCAGAACCUGAAGCUUGUGAACACAGACAUAGGUCGGGGCCGCGCCUGGCUGAGAGCCGCGUUCAAUGAACACACCCUCGAACGCUACAUGCACAUGAUGAUUGACAGCGAAGAUAUUCUCCGUAAUUAUUAUGAAGACUGGGCAUUUAUUCGGGACCAAGAGAGAAGCAGUAUGUUGCCCAUGAUGGCUGCUGGUCUUGGGUCUAUUCUGUUUGCCAUCAUCAUAGACCGUCAGGAAUUUAACAAGUCACUUGCUCAAAACAGCGUACACAUCAGCAGCACUGCACCUCACCUUAUCUGUAACCUGGACGAAGAACCCCGCCCUGUGAUAGCAGCAGAAAGCUUGCACAGUAAUGAAGUUGAAGUUGAAAAUAUAAAGAAAAAAGAAAAGAAGAAGAAGAAAAAGAUGGCGCACAUUGUGAGUUUCGAUGAUGAUGAAGGCAAAACGGUUGUGGAAUCGAAGCAUCAUCAUCCGAAACACGACAAAGACAACAUCUCUGUUGGGAGCGAAGACGUUUUCAAACCUGCAGACAGUGUCCAGGAUGGCAGCGCGGAUGGUGUGCAUGUUGACACGUCUCGGAGCAGUUCAAAACAAGCCUCGUUAGAGCGUGUUUCGAGUACAGUGAGUUCGGUGUCGAUGGCAUCGUCAGACAUUCUGUCGUCAGAUCGGUGUUCACGGUCUAGUCACGGAUCAUUCAGUUCCGCUGAUGUCGAUGAUCUUGGGGAGAGUUCAGUAACACUCACACCGCUGUCACCAUCAGGCCAUCCAGUGGAAUCGGACAUUGCUCCUAUAAGAGAAGUGAAAACCAGUGACAAGAAAAUAGCGGACUCGACUGGUAUCACCAACUACUCUGGCCAGGAAGUGGAGACGGCCGUUUUAGCUUUGGCACUUGCACAGAAAGGUCUCAGUCAAAGUCCUCGAACUGCUGGUGAUGGGGGCAGUAUUGAUGAGAUGCAUGACCCAAAGUUCAGCGGCGAGACACCUCGUAUGUUUACCCUGGACAAUCUUCCACCCCCAAGUCCUGAACACACACCCAUAUGCCAAUAUGACUUGAAACAGGCUGUGAUUGCUAUGAUGUUGAGGAAAGACGAAGUAGAAGAACAGAAUAAGACACUGAAAGGAAUGAUGGACCACGAGAUGGAGACCUCCACAAUGUUACGAGCAGAAAUUGAAGACAUGAAAGUCGCUCGGCUGGCUAGACAGGAGAUGGAGCUUGCUAAGAUGCAGGCACUGCAAAAAGAGAAUGAGCUGCUGAAACAUCAGCUCAGGAAGUACGUGAGUGCAGUGCAGAUGCUGAGAACCGAGGCAGCCAAUAAGAAGGAUGAGAGUCUGGGGAUUCAGCUGGAUGAGCCGCAGCCUGUGAUUCCUCCUGAGAAACCCAACAUCGACUACAGUUUUGAAGCCUCUGAGUAUGAAAAGAAACUCAUACAGGUUGCGGAAAUGCACGGUGAGCUGAUGGAGUUCAAUGAGUUACUACACCGCCAGCUCAACCUGAAGGAUCUGCAUCUACGACAACUCAGACAGGAGCUCAUCGAACUCAGGGGUCCGUUACCACAUGAUGGCCAACUUUCUGAAAUGAGUGUUCCGAGUGCAUUUGAGGGUUUCAGUGUACAGUCGCGGACUCUGAUCAACAUUUGGAUUCCUUCAGCAUUUCUCCGUGGUUCUUCCACCAAUUCUCACCAUGUGUAUCAGGUUUAUAUACGAAUCAAAGAUGAGGAGUGGAACAUCUAUCGGAGGUACAGGGAGUUCCAUGAACUUCAUUCAAAGUUAAAAAAGGUUUACCCAAUUGUUGGAAGAUAUGAAUUUCCACCCAAGAAAAACUUUGGUAAAAAGGAUGCGAAAAUUGUCGAAUCAAGACGAAGGAUUUUGCAGAACUACCUGCGCGAGGUGAUCAACCUGUUGGUGGAGAAGAACCCAGACAUGGCUAACAAUGUGAGCAAGGAGGACCUGUCCAAAAUUAUUCCAUUUUUCUGUGAUCAGCCAGAGACUACCAGUAAAAAGGGUAAAAGAAAGAGCAAAACACCCGCUGCCAGUCAGCUGGAAGCCGCACCCACAGAACCCUUGUCUGAAGUGCCCUCUACCUCUGGAGAUUACAACGGCCUAUGACAUCACUUCCUGUGAUAGGAUGGGAUCAUUUAUGUGUGGCUCGGUGUCAUAAUCGUGUCAGUCAUCCUCUGAACCUUAAAAAUAUAAAACGACAUGAUAUAUAUUUUUUCACUGAGAUUGAACUACCAAUUUGAAAAUAAUUUUAUUGUAUGAAUGCACUCUUGGUAUCACAGUGUAUUUUAAUGGCAUCAUGGAUGCACUUUUGGUUGAUUGUUACUACCACAGUGUAUGUAAUGACAUUUUGAUAACGUACCUUUGUUUGAAAGCUACCACUGUGUAUUUUAAUGGCAUCACGGAUGCACUUUUGGUUGAUUGUUACUACCACAGUGUAUGUAAUGACUUUAUGGUAACGUUGUACCUUUGUUUGAAAGCUAUCACUGUGUAUUUUAAUGGCAUCAUGGAUGCACUUUUGGUUGCUUGUUACUACCACAAUGUAUGUAAUGACUUUAUGGUAACAUUGUACUUUUGUUUGAAUGCUACCACUGUGAAUUUUAAUGAUAUGAAUGUAUUUUUUGUCGAUUGUUGUCUCUGGUUUCAAUGAAGUUUGUUAUGAAUGCACCUUUCGGUUGAUUGCUUCCCUAACAGUGUAUUUUAAUAACAUUAUGGAUGUGUUUUUGGUCAAUUGCUGUCACUGCGUUUUAAUAAGGUUGGUUACGAAUGCACCUUUGGUUGAUUGCUACCCUAACAGUGUAUUUUAAUAACAUUAUGGAUGUGUUUUUGGUUGACAGUUGUCACAGUGUUUUUAAUGAUGUUGGUUAUGUUGGUUGAUUGCUGUGACUGUGUAUUUUAAUGACAUAAUGGACACAUUCAGGGUAUUUUGUAUUUAAUGGUGUCAAGAACAUAUACUUGCUCAAUUGCUAUCACAGUGGAUUUUAAUGGUUCAUUGAAAAAACACUUGGUUGAUUGUUGCUGUUGCCAGUGGCGUAGCAUGGGUGGGGCCACCAGGGCAGUACUAACGGUCCACUGGUUAGGGGGCACAAUACUUGCCUUGCCCUGGGCGCUGGCAACUCACGCUACGCCCCUGUCUGUUGCAGUGUAUUUUAAUGGUUUUAUGAAUAUACAGUGCACUUGAUAGAUUGCUAUCACGGUUUAUUUUAAUGGCGUCAUUAAUGUAUGCAUGCUGUUAAUGAUGGUUUCAUGAUUUUGUGUCUUAUCAGCUCAACUAUUGAUGUUAUUUUAGUUUUUUGUUUCUUAUAUAAGUGUUGUCACCUUUUAUUAUAAAACACCACACAAAUCAUGUAUUUGAUAAAUGAAAGAUAAUUAUAUUUAGAUUUCAUCAAAAAUUAAUUUCUACAUGUAAUUUCUACCCAUAAUAAACAUUUCAUAUGAUUAGGAAAAUAUGUAAAGUAGAAAAUUUUACCUGCUGUUCAAAAUUGGAUUGUUUCAAAAUAUUAUAAUUGAAAUGAUAUAAAAGUCAUUAUAACUAUCUGUUUAUGUACAGUGUAUGUACAAGUGGACAUUUAGACAGUUUGAACAAGCCAGUGUAAAUCAAAUCAAUAUAGAUUCCAGGAAGUCGGUGUCACUGUCAGUUAUUUUAUGUACUGGUAAAGGAGACUUUUGGUCUUGUCAUGGGAACCAAGGGGUGCAAUGUGGCCCAGUGGUAAAGCAUUCGCCUGAUGCACGGUCAGUCUAGGAUCGAUUCCCUUUGGUAGCCCAUUGAGCUAUUUCUCGUUCCAGCCAGUGCCCCAUGACUGGUAUAUCAA